AUGCUGGUUAAAAGCCCAGAUUCUGGAGGCGGAGGAGAGCCUGCAGGGGGCGUAAGGGGCGGCCCUGGUGCUACGGUCCGACGACCGCCCGCUAGUGCCCGGCGGCAGCGCCGCGGUGCGCCCUGGGACGAGCCUCCUCCCUGCUCGGGACCUCGCUCCCAGACUGAAGAGGGAGGGGCGGCGCCGCCGCUCAACGACCCGGCCUCCCCGGCGCCGAACCCGCCGGAAACCUCGGUCCGCCUAGUGGCUGCGGGGCUGCGGCUCCCAAUCCCAGGCCACCGAUGCGGCGUCUCCCUCCGCGCGGCCUACGCAGCCUCGGGGUGGCGUGUGGCCUCCAGCCGACCAGUCCGCCUCGCUGGCAUCCGCAACUUCCCGUCUGCGCUGCGCUCCGUCCCGCGGCUUACCCGAGAGGCAGGCGGGGAGACUCCCGGCGCGACCAAUAGGAGGGCUGCAAGUGGACCGGUCCACACAGGGGGGGGGAAAGGGGAUUUCCGGGGCUUGAGAGAAAACAGAGGAGUUUCGAGGAAAGGCCAGACGGUGCGCAACCGGGCGCACAGCACUUACGCUUUUGAGGGCCGAGGGGCACUGCCCUGCCCUCCGGGAGGGGAAGCCGUGAACGCCGAGGCCAUUGUAAGGCUGGGUGCGCCCGCCCCGCCUGCCGCCCCGGCCCGCACGAGCCAGAGGAGCCCAGAGGAGUUCAGUGCCGGCCCAGCGGACUCGAGCCCGGCGGAGCGGCCGCGCCCGAACCAGGGCUCUAGCUCCCAUCGAGCAGGGGUUCGCUCUGGAGGGCGGCCUCCAACGGCAGCUUUGCGGGUGGCUGCAUGCCUGGCCUGCUGGCGGCUACUCCCCUGCCGACGCCUCCCUCCUCCGCGCCAUUCCGCCUGCGCUCGGAGCCCCCUUUUCGCCGCCCUUUACGAACUGGCCGUCGGCACCGGUUCUGUCGUCGGAGGGAGCGCAGAAGAAAGAGCUGGCGCACAGCACGGCACGUUGCACACAGUAGGUGCCAGGAAACGGCGGCGCGAAAGGUUCCGGCCUCCGAAGCGGCUUUUGGGACCCCGGGCCCUCCCGGUCGGCCGGCGUUCUGUGGGGUCCGAGGUGCGCAGUGGCCUCGCCCCUGCAGCGGGGGCGGCGCGCUGCCUCCCGCCCGCCCAGGCUCGGGCCCUCGAAGGGCUCGGGCCCGCGCGCCUGCCCUCCGGGCUGCAGGAAACGGAGUCGCCGGCCCAGGCUCGGGCGCAGCGGGGCGCGAGCAGCAGCAGCAGCAGCAGCACAGCCGGCGUCCCCUGGAAGCAUUCACACCUCGUGGGCACCGGGGCGCAGCCGGGGAGGGGCGCGCUGCGGGCCGGAGGCCAUUUUGGAAGCGCGGCGCAAGAUGGAUGCGUGGGCGCGAGGACGGCGGCGCCCCCCGCGAGCACCGCGGGCCCCAGGAGCGGAGCGUGCGUCCAGAGCGCCGGCCGGACCGGGUCUCUGCCGCCGGGCAACCCGGGCGGGCUGUCAGGACACACUCCAGAGUCAGAAGACAGAAAGGAGGAGCCGGGCCCUGGUGGAGGAGUGUCAAGAGGCUGGCCUCACGGGAGGCUCUGGAACGGCUGAAGCGGUGGAAGUGGAAGAACAGAGAUCUCACCCGGGCAACUUGAGUCACUGGGACUCUUCCAAGACCAGUGAGUGGGUCCCCCCGGA